CUGGCGGGGAGCCGGGGUUGCAGGAAAGGAUGCACCCCAAGCUGCUCAAGAGCGCGCAUUACAUCGAGCUGGGCAGCUACCAGUACUGGCCGGUGCUGGUGCCCCGCGGCAUCCGGCUCUACACCUACGAGCAGAUCCCCGUGUCCCUCAAAGACAACCCCUACAUCACCGACGGCUACCGGGCCUACCUGCCCUCCCGGCUCUGCAUCAAGAGUUUGUUUAUUUUAUCCAAUGAAACGGUAAACAUCUGGAGCCAUUUGCUGGGCUUUUUUCUCUUCUUCACUCUGGGAAUAUAUGACAUGACAUCUGUGUUACCAUCAGCAAGUGCAUCCAGAGAAGAUUUUGUAAUUUGUUCUAUUUGUCUUUUCUGCUUCCAGGUCUGUAUGCUUUGCUCUGUCGGCUAUCAUCUUUUCUCCUGCCAUCGAUCCGAAAAAACCUGCCGGAGAUGGAUGGCACUAGAUUAUGCAGGAAUUUCUAUUGGAAUACUGGGUUGCUAUGUAUCUGGAGUAUUUUAUGCAUUUUACUGUAAUAAUUACUGGCGUCAAGUGUACUUGAUCACUGUACUGGCAAUGAUCCUGGCAGUUUUCUUCGCUCAGAUUCACCCCAAUUAUCUCACACAGCAGUGGCAGAGGCUCCGUUCUAUCAUCUUUUGUUCUGUUUCGGGAUAUGGACUGAUCCCUACUCUUCACUGGGUUUGGCUCAAUGGAGGAAUUGGUGCUCCUAUUGUACAGGACUUUGCACCUCGUGUUGCUGUGAUGUAUGUGAUGGCUCUUCUUGCUUUUUUGUUCUACAUUUCCAAAGUUCCAGAACGGUACUUUCCAGGACAACUAAACUACCUCGGAUCUAGCCACCAAAUAUGGCAUAUCCUUGCAGUAGUGAUGUUAUAUUGGUGGCAUCAGUCAACAGUGUAUGUCAUGCAAUAUAGACAUAGCAAGCCUUGUCCUGACUAUAUUUCACAUUUAUGAAUUCAGAAUCAGGAAUGAAGAUUCAGGGACAAUCUGUCACAUCUUACAUCAUCCCAGUUGGACUAAGUAUCCGAUUUGAAGAUUGUGACUGAAUGCCAUAAAGCUGUACAACUCUUCAUUUGGCAGGUACCUACUUAAAGAGAUUGUCCCUCAAGAGAAGCUACUGUUUAGAAGGAAAUGGAGCGGCACCAAAUGGGUCCAAUUCCACUGGCUGGGACUGUUGGGACUGAUGGGAAGUGAUGCUUUGCACCACAAGUUCUGUGAAGGGCACAGCACCAAAGUCAUCCAUUUUCAGUGCAUCUGUGCCAUGGAAUGACCCAUGCAAUGAAUUUGGCCUUGGCCGCCCGGGCAGGACAGGAUUGUGAUCAGCACAGAUGUCACUUAGGCUCUGAUGUGAAGGAUGCCAAGGCAGGUCUGGAGGAUGGAAGGGUUUGGCCCCAAAGGGAUCCAGCAGACUCUCCUCUGGUUGCAGGACACUGCUCCUGUCCUUCCCGUCAGUUAGUGCAACGCUAAUAUUCUCCUUGGAGUCUGAAAUGGUUAAAAACUCAUUGCUACUCUGCGAGUCUCGGCGACCCACCUUUCUGUGCCUGCGAGCCCUCUCAGGAGUGCGGUAGGUGGGCUUCACGGCUUUCUUGGUGCUGGUGGGCGUGCCAUGAUGCCGCUUCCCAUUACUUUUGGACACAUCCUGCUUGGUGCGCCUUUGGCGAGAAGAGAGUUUCUGUAAGCUGCGCUGUUUAAUUUUUUGUUGAUGAUUCCCCGUUAUUUCCUCAAAGGGCACAAGCCCAAAAAGGUCCUCCUUACUUUCACUGGUACCUGUUGAAGUAGGGAAAGGCUGAAAUGGGGUGGAGCCAAAAAUAUCAACACUUUUUGGACAGCCAGGUCGAGUGUGUGCUUCAGUUACUGCUGCAGGGCAGUCUGGGAUAAUCACUUUCUUGCUGAAGGGGGCCUUUGUGAAGACAUCAAACUCCUCUUGCUCCAGACCCACAGCGGGGAAGCGGAGCUGUUGAGAGAGGUUCUUUUCAUUCUCUCCUUGCUGAGUGUGUACUGCAAAGAAGGGGACAGCGCCAAAUACAUCACAUUCCUGUUGAGGAGUCUCUAGUCCAGCAUCAGAGGGAACCUUGCUUGGGGAGAGGAGUGCUGUAUUAGGCUCCCGAACUGGCCCACUGUAAAUAGGGCUCAUGCUACUGUACUUGGUUUUGGCCUGCUCAUAAUCAGAAUCGGAACUAUGCUUCUCCUCCUCUUCCUCCUCUUCCGAAUCCAUAAGGAGAGGCCUGUGACCCAGAUUUUCUGGUUCAGUGUCGUCAUCAUUAAAGUCUCCUUGUUCACCCUGGAGAA